UGCACGGGCCGGCCCCGCACUGCUGAGCCGCGUCGCGCUCCCGAGCCGGCUCUGUUCGCGGCGGCGGCGGGAUGGAGCCCGCGACCGCGCCCCAGGCCGACAUGGCGCCGGAGCUGACCCCGGAGGAGGAGCAGGCCACCAAAGAGUUUCUUGAAGAGAUUAACAAGUGGACAGUUCAGUACAACGUUUCCCCUCUUUCUUGGAAUGUGGCUGUAAAGUUCCUCAUGGCUCGGAAGUUUGAUGUGCUCCGCGCCAUAGAGUUGUUCCACUCCUACAGGGAAACACGAAGGAAGGAAGGCAUUGUGAAUCUGAAACCUCAUGAAGAACCUCUCCGUUCUGAGAUUCUUAGUGGAAAAUUCACCAUCUUAGAUGUUCGGGACCCAACAGGAGCCUCCAUUGCCCUCUUCACUGCCAGAUUGCAUCAUCCCCACAAGUCAGUGCAACAUGUGGUACUUCAGGCUCUGUUUUACUUGUUAGACAGAGCUGUGGAUAGCUUUGAAACUCAGAGAAAUGGACUGGUGUUUAUCUAUGACAUGUGUGGUUCUAAUUAUACCAACUUUGAGCUGGAUCUUGGCAAGAAAGUCCUAAACCUGCUGAAGGGGGCAUUUCCAGCCCGUUUGAAGAAAGUGCUGAUUGUGGGAGCACCCAUAUGGUUCCGAGUGCCCUAUUCCAUCAUCAGCCUCCUCCUGAAGGACAAAGUCCGGGAGAGGAUUCAGAUAUUAAAGACAUCUGAGGUUACCCAGCACCUGCCCAGAGAGUGCCUUCCAGAAAACCUGGGUGGGUACGUCAAAAUGGACCUCGCCACUUGGAAUUUCCAAUUCCUACCCCAGAUGAAUGGCCACCCGGAUCCCUUCGAUGAGAUCAUCUUGUUCUCCCUCCCUCCUGCUUUAGACUGGGACUCAGUGCAUGUUCCAGGUCCUCAUGCCAUGACUAUCCAAGAGCUGAUGAAUUAUGUUAGCACCAGGCAAAAGCGGGGAAUAUAUGAGGAAUAUGAAGACAUUCGUCGUGAGAACCCUGUUGGCACUUUCCACUGUUCCAUGUCUCCAGGAAACCUAGAGAAGAACCGCUAUGGGGAUGUACCCUGCCUGGACCAAACAAGAGUAAAACUGAUAAAACGAAGUGGCCACACUCAGACAGAUUACAUCAAUGCCAGUUUCAUGGAUGGCUAUAAGCAGAAGAAUGCUUACAUUGGUACACAAGGCCCUUUGGAGAACACUUACCGUGAUUUUUGGCUCAUGGUAUGGGAGCAAAAAGUUUUGGUGAUUGUCAUGACCACUCGCUUUGAGGAGGGCGGCAGGAGGAAGUGUGGCCAGUACUGGCCUUUAGAAAAAGACUCUCGGAUCCGAUUUGGCUUCCUCACAGUGACCAAUCUAGGCGUGGAGAACAUGAACCAUUAUAAGAAAACAACGCUAGAAAUUCAUAACACAGAGGAGCGGCAGAAACGCCAGGUGACUCACUUUCAGUUCCUGAGCUGGCCCGAUUAUGGUGUCCCCUCCUCAGCGGCUUCCCUCAUUGACUUCUUGAGAGCAGUCAGGAGCCAGCAGAGGUUGGCCGUCAGCAGCAUGGGCACACACUCCAAAGGGCAGGGCCCUGAACCACCCAUUGUGGUCCAUUGCAGCGCAGGCAUUGGCAGGACAGGUACCUUCUGCUCACUGGACAUCUGCCUGGCACAGUUGGAGGAGCUUGGUACCCUUAAUGUGUUCCAGACGGUGUCCCGCAUGAGGACCCAGAGGGCCUUCAGUAUCCAGACCCCUGAGCAGUACUAUUUUUGCUACAAGGCAAUCCUGGAGUUCGCAGAAAGGGAGGGCAUGGUGCCAUCCAGCCACAACAUCCUGGCUAUGGAGAGUCAGUAACUGUCCCAUGAACUUCCUCCUGCUAGCCAGCCUUCUUCCUUAAACUCCCUGGACACCGCUGAGCCUGUAGGCUGCCAUCAGUUACACUGAAGCCAUGGAUGAACCUCUUUCUUGUGUUUCCCGGUGUACUCCAGACUCCUGGUGCAGGGCAGCCUUUCCCUUUGGCUGGGUAGAUGUGGUGAAAUGGUUACUAGAAAGGGCCAGCAGCAAUGUGUUCUUAAUUCCUAGCACCUGCCAUUGAACUGUGCCUUAUUAAAACCAAAUUGUGGCUAUUGAUUUUUGCCAGAGGCUCUAAGCAAGGUAAGUGGGAAAGGAAACUCCCUCCGCCUUUCCCAAUGCCUUCUCCUUCUGGAGGUCCCUUUCCCCAUUCCUUCCCCAUUGCUAGGAUUUGAUGGGGAGGUUUGGUGAGCAUCCACCUUCCUUCCCAGAAAGCUUGACCAAGUUAUAUGUUCUAGAGAACGUCCCGAGUGCCAAGCACGUUUAUACCUAGAGCGUGUAUUCGAGUCUCUUCUGUUAUUCUGUGUGUGUGUGUGUGUGUAUGUGCACUUAUGUGUAUGGGUCCAUAUGUACGUGUGUAUAUAAUAUAUAUUGUAUCUGACAA